AUGGCCAAAACCAGACCCUCGAAGAAACAAUCGAAGAAGAAGUCCAAGUCGGUCCUCCACGGCACCAAAGGCAUGUCGUCAAGACCGAAGGAGGACCCGCAAGUCCUGUUCGAACGAGCCACAAUUCUACUUCAAACCGGACAGCCAGACGAAGCAUUGCCGCUUGUUGAACGAGCACUAAACAAUAUUUCCUCAGACUCGCCAAAAUACUUGAUUGGACUGAAUUUGAUCGGAGAGAUAUACGUUGAACUAGGCGAGGUCGAUUUGGCGCGAGAGAAAUUCCUACGAGCCGUGGAACUAGAUCCGGAAGGUGAAAUAGACGAGACGAUUGAUGGGGCCGCGGAAAAGUUUCUAUGGCUUGCUCAAUUGAGUGAAGAAGGUGGGAAGGAUAGUGUGCGAUGGUUUGAGAGAGGGGUAGGGGCAUUGAAGAGAAACUUGCAAUCUCUAGAAGGGAAAAGCGAUGAGACCGCGGAAGAGAUACGGGAAGGGUUUAAAAAGAGACUUGCGCAUGCGCUCUGUGGUGUGGUGGAAAUAUACAUGACAGAUCUAUCAUGGGAAGAAGAUGCAGAAAGCAGGUGUGAGGCAUUAAUUACAGAGGCCCUACUAGUAGCCCCUGACUCUUCAGAAUGUCUUCAGACCCUGGCAUCCGUCAGAAUAUCACAGCUCCGAUUAGAUGACGCCAAAGCGGCACUAUCACGAAGCCUAGAUAUAUGGAAAGAUGAACCGCCAGAGAGCACCCUGAUACCAGAUUUCCCAUCUCGAAUAAGCCUUUCUCGACUGCUGAUGGAGGUCGAGAUGGAAAACGAGGCACUCCAGGUGCUAGAGCGAAUGGUGUUUGAAGACGACCAGAGUAUCGAGACAUGGUACCUGGGAGGAUGGUGCCUGUAUCUAAUAGGCAAAAAGGACCACAAGCAAGCCCAGGGCGAGGUUGACGCAGAGACAAAAGAGCAACAGGGUGCAACUUUUUUCACAAGUCGGAAAUGGCUAAAACAUGCCUUGAAGUUGUGUGAGACUGUCGGUUAUGAGGAUGAAAAGCUGAAAGAACAUGCUCUCGAACUGGUCCAGGAACUUGAGAACGAGCUGGGAGUUUCUGGUGAAGACGAAGCUGGCGAAGAUGAUGUCUGGGAGGACGAGACGGAUGAUUCUGAUUCGGAUAAUGAUCAUGACAUGGCAGACUCUUAA